GCUCGUUGCAUCCUGCCUCAUUUCUCAACGUUUCCGACGACGAGCUCAUCAUGGUCUCGGUCACUGUCAACGCUGCGGGGCGUCCGCCAGCCUUUGCGCGCGGAUUUCCCAUCACUGUCGAGGUCCCGAACGACGGCAAGGUCGCAGAUAUCAAGGCUGCUAUCCAUGCCAAGUUCCCCAAGUACUAUUCUACACGUCAAAAACUCAGCGUCCCCUCGGAUAAGAAGGCCCUCGCGGACGACGCGCCGGUGAAGGAGCUCUUCUCCGGCGCGUCGCAAGGCGAGCUAGUCGUGAAAGAUCUCGGCCCCCAAAUCAGUUGGAGGACGGUGUUCCUGAUUGAAUACGUCGGACCGCUGCUCAUUCAUCCCCUGUUCUACUUCUAUCCUGGCGUAUUCUACGGCCAGGAUGUGAAGCACAGCGCCAUGCAGACUUAUGCCUUUGCUCUCAUCAUGGGCCAUUUCAUCAAGCGGGAACUGGAAACACUGUUUGUACAUCGCUUCUCGCACGCCACUAUGCCCUUCUUCAAUGUAUUCAAAAAUUCUGGCCAUUACCAUCUCCUUAGCGGGUUAUUGCUGGCGUUUGAUCUGUACAGACCAGGAUACUCCGCUCCCGCCGUCGCCGGAACCCUACUCGAUGACCCUACUUUCCUCAAAGCCUGCGCCGGAUUAGUUAUCGCUUUUGAGCUCCUCAACUUGAAUGCACACUUGGUGUUGCGUUCGUUGCGUCCCGCCGGCACAACCAAGCGCGGGAUUCCUUAUGGGUUCGGAUUCGGUCUCGUCUCUUGCCCGAAUUAUCUGUUCGAGACCCUGGCAUGGACGACGAUCACUGUGAUGACGGGCGGGAGUCUAGCGUCAAUUCUGUUUCUGGUCGUCGCGACGGUCCAGAUGGCUAUCUGGGCGCUGAAGAAGCACAACCAGUACAAGAAGGAGUUUGGCAAGGCGUACCCCCGGGGGAGGAAAGCCAUGUUCCCCUUCAUCCUCUAGCCGUUGGCGCGUUGAUCGUAUCGCUUCGUCUCUUACGCCGACCAAUACAUGUACGCUUCUCGCAUGCUUAUCUCCUGAAAAUUGGCCAGUCCCCAAUUGCUUUCAG